UGAACACACAUCAACAAUGACAGUCACCGCAAGUACAAAAAAAAGUAGUGGCUGUGAUAAGCUAACAUUGACUACAUUUGUGAUUUUACUCGGUAUCGCUCUUUGGUUACAGUUCAAAACAGACGUGGCAAAAACAAACUCUCCAAAAAUGGGUCGCAUGGGAAAAGUUGAUCCGAAUUCGUAUGCCGAACCGGAAAAAGUUGUGAUGCAACAUGCAGAUCUCGACUGGGAAAUUGACUUUAAUCGAAAAAUCAUCUCCGGAUCAGUUACGCUGAAGUUCAAUGUACUUUCCGACGACGGAAUUGAACAUAUUUUGUUGGAUGUUAGCGACUUGAAAAUUGAGUCUGUUUUCGCAAAAUUGCCUGCUGGAGAGAUUCCCUUGACUUUUACGGUAACAGAUCCCGUUGAAAAUGUCGGUUCGAAACUCACUGUCAACUUGCCGAAUGUUACAAAGGGAGUGAUUUCCAUCGUCAUUGAUUACGAUACCGUGUCAGCUUCGGCUCUUGCAUGGUUGUCUCCUGAACAAACUUCGGGCAAAAAGCAUCCUUACGUCUUUUCGCAGUGUCAAGCGAUCCAUGCUCGUUCAAUUUUGCCUUGUCAAGACACGCCAGCAGUCAAAUUCACGUAUUCUGCCGUCGUUAAGCAUCCCUCCGCACUCAUCGCUUUGAUGAGCGCCAUCCGCGAUGAAGCAAAAAGUACCGCCGGAGUGUCUCGUUUCACGCAAACUGUGCCAAUUCCGUCGUAUUUGAUGGCUCUCGCUGUCGGGCCUUUGGUUUCACGUCAAAUUGGGCCCAUUUCGAAAGUUUGGUCUGAACAGGAGCAAAUUGAGGAAGCUGCUUACGAGUUUGUUGACACAGAUAAUUUUGUACAAAAGGCAAGCGAGAUCUGCGGACCUUAUGUAUGGAAAGAAUACAAUUUACUCGUGCUUCCGAAGAGUUUUCCAUUCGGCGGGAUGGAAAAUCCAACCUUGACAUUCGUUACUCCGACAAUUAUUGCUAAAGAUCGUUCCUUGGUCGAUGUAGUUGCGCACGAAAUCGCUCAUAGUUGGACCGGAAACCUCGUAACCAACAAGAAUUUCGAACAUUUUUGGCUCAAUGAGGGUUUCACAGUCUUCGUUGAAGGCAAAAUCUUGGGUCGCAUACAUGGAGCUGCCUAUCGUGACUUCCACGCGUUACACGGAUUAACAGAUUUGGCGGAUUGCAUCAAGAAUCAACUCGCUGAUGAGCCACAAUUAACAAAGCUCGUUGUAAAUUUGACGGAUUUGAGUCCCGAUGAUGCCUUUAGCAGCGUUCCUUACAUGAAAGGCAGCAAUUUUUUGCGUUAUAUCGAAGAUCUCGUUGGAGGUCCCGAUGUUUUUGAGCCAUUUUUGAAAUUCUAUCUUGACAAAUUCAAGUAUCAGAGCAUCGAGACGCAGGAUUUCAAGAAAACUCUCUACGAUUACUUCAACGAAAAGGGAUUAGCUGCACUUUUGGACCCUAUUGAUUGGGAAGCAUGGCUUUACGGCGAAGGAAUGCCUCCAGUUAUCCCCAAAUAUGACACUUCUCUGGUAGAUGCAUGUCGCGAACACACAAAUUUGUGGGCAGAUAACGCCUUGGAUGUCAUCAAAAACUCAAAAGUCAUCACAGGAAAGUUGUCGAGCUCGCAAGUUGUCGAAUUUCUCGGCGGUUUGUUGGAAAAAGAGAACAUUGUAGAGCUCAAUGCCGAUAAAAUAGCAUUUUUAGCGGAAACUUAUGGCUUGGAGAAGACCCAAAACGCGGAAAUUCGCUUCCGUUAUGUGCGUUUGAUGAUUAGAGCUCGUCUCCGUGAUCGUAUGCAGGAAAUUUUGAGCUUUGCCAAUAGCAAUUUCCGCAUGAAGUUCGUCAGACCUGUGUAUAAGGACUUGGGAAAAUGGCCAGAAGUACGUGAUGAGGCAAUUGCUAACUUCCAACGAGUUCGUAAUGAGAUGAUGAAAGUUUGUGCUUUGCAAGUCGCCAAGGAUUUGGGUCUCAAUGAAUAAAAAUCUAAAAAAAAAUAAAAAAUUUUAAAUUUUUUUAUAAAAAAAAUAAAAAAUAAUUAAAUAAAUAUUGAAAAAAUCGU